GGUAGCCUGUGGGCAUAGGUGACAUCGUCUACAACAUUCUCAAGUUUUAAUCGCUGAAGAUGAGAUUUUUUACAUGAUACAAUUGGAUCUUACAUGAUACGUUGGAGUAUAACUUAUCCUAUCCAACCUCGGCGCAUUAUCUCAUUUGCAUUAAAUCAAAGAAAAUUCGUUUGCAGUAGUACUUGCAAUUGGAAACUGAGUUGGUAAAGUGCGUUUCAAUUAUCUGAAAAGGCUGAACAUCAAAUCUUUAUGAGAAUUAUUAGCGUAUGUCAAACAGUUGUAAAAAGUAAAGUUGAAGCAAUUGGGUUUGAAUGACGCUGAAACAAACGAAAACUAGUGAACCAUUAAAAGAAUUAAAUCAACGAGUGAGAAUUAGGCAGAUGCUGGAACCGACCCCGCUGAAUCGUUUAUUUACCAAUUUCACCCAAAGUGUUUUCCGUAGGUAGCCAACGAUAUGUGCGUUAUAAAGACGAAAUAUCAUUGCUGACAGAUUCCGUCAAGUCAACCGGGAAAUUACAGAAAUUGGAAUCGCCUUUCGUAAAAGACGCCACUCGAAGGAUUUCGAUACAGUUGGCGACAGUUGUCAGGGUCUACCGGAAUUGAAUUAUAUCGCAUUAAAUCACAGAAAAUCCUCAGUGAUAUAAAGUAGAGCGCUAAUACGACUGGUGACGUGGGACCCGUCAGAGUAUUUGUUCAAACUAGUAGUGAUUCUAAAUCCCGGCGGUAGUAUAAUUCACUUAAAGUGACACUUACUUGAGGAAUUAGAAAUGAAGAAAUAUUGGAGAUGAUUCCAUGUUUUAAGUGAGCCUUUUUCGAGAAUAAAUCAUAUUAUUCCUGUUGACGAAUCCUAACCACACUGUAAACGGUAACAAAACUCGGCGACGUUUGGAGGCAAUAAUUGGAGGCAAAAAUCGCUAAGGAUCGUCAAUCCAAUUUCAAUAAUGGACCUUUUCUAACUAAGUGACUUAUUUUCCAAGGAUACGAGGGGCUUCCUGUCCCAAAGGGUCUUCUUGACAUUUUACCUUAUCAUAACAGGAUAAAAACAAGUUUGGUAAAGGACCAUGGAUCAGUCAAAAACAAUAUCUUGAAUAUAUAUCAUGGAGGACGAUAACAAAUGAGAAGCGCUAAGUAGAGGUAAUGCAUAUUUGUAUAUUCUAAUGGAAAUUACUUGAAUUAGUUGGUUUUAAAUUUCAAGCAGAACAAUGACAACAACAGAAAAUUAUAUUUUCGAUGAUUCAAAAAUGGGAUUUUUGAACUCAACGAGUUUAUUCAAUUUCUCUGAAGAUUACUACACGAUGGAUGAUUUUGGAGCAGACGACGAACCGUCUGCGAAAGUUCUGCGGCGCUAUUUAGAAGGAAUUAUCCUCCCCGUCAUUCUUUUAGCAGGGAUAAUUGGAAAUAUACUGAACAUGGUGAUCUUAACGAGGAAAAGGAUGCUGACAAAUAUGGAUGAAAUGGAAAAAUCAGCGUAUAUUUUCUUGAUUGCUCUGGCAGUGUCUGAUCUAUUGUUUUGUGUUACAGCGUUUCCGAUUUCUUUCCGGCAUCUCAAGGUCGUAUUUGAAAGUAAAACGUUUAUGUUGUACUAUCAUAUAUACCAUGAUGGCGUUAUCAACAGUUUCAUGAUGUCGUCGACGUGGUUAACUGUUUGUAUGACCGUCAGUAGAAGCGUUGCAGUGGUGUAUCCCCUCCAUGCUAGAAGCACCUUCAACAUCAGAGUUGUCAACAUCAUGGUUGGCGUUACUUUCCUUCUCUCGAUUCUCUUCGCCAUCCCUAGGUAUUGGAAACUAGAGAUAAUUAAAAUCUCGGGUGUGAAUCCAGGCGAGGACUUAUAUUACCCAGAUUUAGGACCGUUGAACCGUGAACCGUAUAAGAAUUCGUUCCGUGUGUACAAGUUCAUUUGGAGUAUUAUCGGGGCGUUUAUCCCCCUGGUUUUCCUCCUUGUCAGUAAUAUUUGUCUGGUACUAGCGUUAAGGGAGUCGUACAGAAUCAGGGCGAGUCUCGCAGAGAAUUAUAGCUCGGCAGGCAACGACAAGCGCAAAAAGAAGGGAAGGAGAAGCACGAGCGACAACGGACAGCGGUUGACGACGACACUCAUCUCGAUAGUUGUCAUUUUUGUCAUCCUCGUAUUUCCAGUUGAAAUACUUAAAUUUUUCGAACUUGUUGACGACGACAAAGGGGAUGAUGUCUUUGGGAUUCACUCUUGGGGAAGACACUGGGCCAUAUUUUUCUACCUUCUACUCUCUAUUCCCAACCCCGUAAAACAGAUAGAAUGAGUGGAAAGGGAUUUCCGAUUUCAUUCUGCUGAAAAAUUCAACAUAUCUGCUGGUGAUGUUGCGCCUUUUUAAUAUAUGUUCACACUACCCUACCUCGAUAGCGCAUGCGCGAAUUUUUUGGCUUUCAACCACGUCGCUUUUGAG